UUUUAGCAGGACCGGGACUCCUUUAGGCUAGUUCCGUGGGCUGGGCCUGCUGGACUUUUCCGCUUACUGGCAGGGGCAGCGGACCAACAUGAGCCAGGUUCUGUUCCAGGAGCUAGUCCCGCUGCAGGUGAAAUGCAAAGACUGUGAGGAGAGGAGAGUAAAUGUUAGAGUGAGCAUUGAACUACAAUCAGUUUCCAAUCCAGUUCACAGAAAGGAUUUAGUUAUCCGUCUGACUGAUGAUACUGAUCCAUUUUUUCUGUAUAACCUUGUUAUAUCUGAGGAAGAUUUUCAGAGCUUAAAAUUCCAGCAAGGCCUUUUGGUAGACUUCUUGGCUUUCCCACAAAAAUUUAUAGAUCUCCUUCAGCAAUGUACUCAAGAACAUGCCAAAGAAAUUCCAAGGUUUUUGCUACAGUUAGUUUCUCCAGCACCUAUUUUGGAUAACUUACCUGCCUUUUUAAAUGUGGUAGAGACAAAUCCUUUUAAGCAUCUUACACACCUCUCACUAAAACUUCUACCUGGAAAUGAUGUGGAAAUAAAGAAGUUUUUAGCUGGCUGUUUGAAAUGUAGCAAGGAAGAAAAAUUAUCAUUGAUGCAAUCACUAGAUGAUGUUACUAGGCAACUGAAUUUCACACAAAAGACAUUAUCAGAAAAAAUCCAAGAAUUAGAUAAGUUGCAGAAUGAAUGGGCAUCACACACAGCUGCAUUGUCAAAUAAACAUUCCCAGGAACUGACAAAUGAGAAAGAAAAGGCCUUGCAGGCACAGGUACAGUACCAACAGCAGCAUGAACAACAGAAAAAAGAUUUAGAAAUCCUCCAUCAACGAAACAUCCAGCAACUACAAAACAAAUUAUCUGAGUUGGAAGCAGCUAAUAAAGACCUAACCGAAAGGAAAUAUAAAGGAGACUCUACCAUCAGAGAACUUAAAACAAAACUGUCUAGUGUUGAAGAGGAGCUCCAGCGGGCUAAGCAAGAAGUCCUCUCUUUGCGAAGAGAGAAUUCUACACUAGAUGCCGAAUGCCACGAAAAAGAAAAGCGUAUUAAUCAGCUACAAACAAAAGUGGCUGUUUUAGAACAGGAAAUCAAGGAUAAGGACCAGCUUGUUUUAAGAACAAAAGAAGCAUUUGAUACAAUCCAGGAACAAAAGGUUGCCUUAGAAGAGAAUGGUGAGAAAAAUCAGGUACAACUAGGAAAACUUGAAGCUACGAUCAAAUCAUUAUCAGCGGAACUUCUUAAGGCAAAUGAAAUUAUCAAGAAGUUACAGGGGGAUCUGAAAACUUUAAUGGGUAAAUUAAAACUGAAGAAUACAGUCACUAUUCAGCAAGAGAAACUCUUGGCUGAGAAGGAAGACAAAUUACAAAAGGAACAAAAGGAAUUACAAGAUGUUGGACAGUCUCUCCGAAUUAAAGAGGAAGAGGUGUGCAAAUUACAAGAACAGUUAGAAGCUACUGUUCAAAAGCUUGAAGAAAGCAAACAACUUCUAAAAAAUAAUGAAAAGUUAAUCACAUGGCUAAAUAAAGAACUAAAUGAAAAUCAGCUAGUGAGAAAGCAAGAUGUAUUGGGACCUUCUACCACUCCACCUGUACAUUCUAGCAGCAACAUAAUCAGAAGUGGGAUUUCUCCUAACUCUAAUGUGGUUGAUGGUAGACUGACUUACCCAACUUGUGGGAUUGGUUAUCCUGUCUCCUCUGCAUUUGCAUUCCAGAAUACCUUUCCUCAUCCUAUAUCUACCAAAAAUACCAUCCACCCAAUUUCAGGACCAAAGGUUCAGUUUAACUUGCAGUUUACAAAACCAAAUACAUCACUAGGAGAUGUUCAGUCAGGAACAACUAUUAGUAUGCCUUGCUCAAUUGAUAAGGAAAAUGGUGCAAAUUUAGGGCUGGAAUCCAAAUACCUGAAGAAAAGGGAAGAUAGCAUUCCUUUACGCGGGCUCAGCCAAAACCUGUUCAAUAAUCCAGACCAUCAAAAAGAUGGCACUUUAGGAGCAUUACAGACAUCUUCCAAACCCGCAGUGCUCCCUUCUGCAUCUUCAGCGUAUUUCCCUGGGCAGUUAACAAACAGUUAG